CAACAGAAAGUCAGCAUUCACCUACCCGUGUCUAGAUUGCCUGCAGGACUUCAUGCUCUCCUUAGCAAGACAGAAGUGACUUGCAGUUUACAGUGUGUACUGAGCCCCCCAAUGGUGAUUGAGCACCCACUUUGCUGCCUGGUUCUCUGUGCACAGGUGCAUGCUGGGAUGUGGACGAGAAAUGAAACAUUAUCCAAUCAGGUCAACAGCUACCACAAUGUGAAGUGUAGGCUUGAGAUGUUUGAUAAGGACCUCAUGAUGCUCCAGGAGGGGGCUUCGAUGAUGGAUCCCAACCACUUUCUGAUGAUUGUGCUCAGUCGUUUUGAGCUCUUUCAUAUCGUUAGUUCAGCCGACUGCAGGAUAAGAUACAACAUCGAGAACACGGAUAAGCAUGUAGUCCAGCAGAACAGCACUUUAAUAGAAGAGAUGCUUCACCUCAUUAUAAUGAUUGUGGGUGUGAGCGUGUUAGGUGAGCGGUUUACACCAGGCAUUGGGCAUGUAGAAGACUGUGAUGAACUAAAGAGAGAAAUCAUACAUCGGCUUUGUAUUCGUCCCAUGGCUCACAGUGAGCUGGUCAAGGCCUUGCCUGAAAAUUUUAUUUUGGAUACAGGCAGAGGAAGCUCAGCGAAAGCUUAAGAGACAGAAUGGAGAGGACCCAGCCCUGCCUCCAUUCUGCCCACUGUUUGCCAGCUUGGUGAAUAUUCUGCAGUGUGACGUGUUGCUUGGCAUGCUGGGAGCUGUGCUGCAGUGGGGUAUGGAGCCCAGUGGAGGACACUGGUCUGAGUCCAUGCUGC